AUGGGUGUUCGGCAGAAACUUCUAGCACUGAUUCGUGAGGUUUUUCCGGAGGCAGAUUUAGUAGCUGUUGGCUCAACUGUCAAUGGAUGCGGUUCGUACAACUCAGACAUGGAUUUAUGCCUUUGUCUGCCCAUCACCGCUAAUGGUUUUACGAGCGAAAGAACCCUCAGUAGAAAAGUGUUGAUGAAGUUGCAUCGCAGAUUUUGUAAAGAUUGGCGCAAAUUGGUUAAAAGUUGCGAUUACAUACCUGCUAAGCUCUUGAAGGAGAAAAUAUGCUUGACAGUUCUUGACAGCUUAUCGAAUUCAGUCAGCAAAUUCUUAAAAUUGGCCAUUUUGUGCUCACUGGUCUUUAGGAUCGAUGAUCGUUUCCCAGCACUAUGCCUUUUGGUGAAGCACUGGGCGAUCACUGCCAAUAUCAAUAAUGCAUUGCUUGGGACGCUAAAUAGCUAUUCACUGAUUCUAAUGGUAUUGCACUUCCUGCAAUGUGGAACAAUGCCUCCAGUUCUGCCAAAUCUUCAGCAUUUGUACCCGGAUACAUUUAGCGCUCGCCGUAGCGUAGAAAGUUUAGAACUGUUCCGGGAGUUGCCACAUCCGUUGCCAGCACGAGAGAUUAACAUGGAUACUGUUGGCGAAUUGCUAAUUGCGUUUUUUGCGUACUACCGCAAUUUCGAUUUUGCGACGAAGGCAAUAUCGAUAAGUAGGGCACGAGUGUUUGACAGGUUUUGUUACUUCCAUACAUUUUCUCUUGGUUUUUCGGAAAAAAAUAGCUUCACAGCCGCUUAG